AAAAAUAAUGAAGAAAGUUAAUAGUUUAAAUCCAAUAAAGCAUUUUGAUGAAAUAUUCAAAAGAGAUAAACAAUCUGAUAGAUAUAUAGCCAGAUUACCACGCUUUAUAUCCCAUUUCUUAGGAUAUAGAUCACAUGAAGGACAGCAGCUGCUGCCAUUCUUGAAGUACAUGACGAGAGAUACAGAAAUAAAUCUACUAGGUUGGAUAGGUUCUUUCGUUGGAAUAGCACUCCUGAUCGCCGUCUUCUCGUAUUCAAAUGACUUAGUGAAUUGGAAUCCAUACAUUGUACCAUCUAUGGGUGCGAGUGCGGUAUUAGUUUUUGGUACAUUUGAAAGUCCAUUUGCUCAACCGCGUAAUUUAAUAUUUGGACAUUUCAUUUCUGCUCUGAUAGGCGUAAUAUUUCAACGACUAUUCUCACUAAAUAGUGGAUAUAAUCCAUCAGAGAGUGCAAUACAUGGUGCAAUGGAAGUUGGACAACUAGCAUGGUUUGCUGCAAGUUUAGCAACUGCUAGUGCCGUGGCAGCUAUGCAUUUCACAGGUACGACCCACCCACCUGCUGGCGCAACAGCCUUGAUAGCUACAACUAUGCCUUCAAUUGUUAGCUAUAGCUGGAGAUACCUCGCUACAUUAUUAAUUAGCUCUACUUUAAUGCUCGGCUGGGCUUUAAUAUGGAAUAAUUUAAGUUCUAGACGCUACCCAGUUUAUUGGAUUACACCUGAUAGAAGUUAAUGAGAAAUAAACAAAAUAAAUCAAGACCGUUAUGUCAAGUUUGCAAACAAAAUGAGUUUCGUUAUCAACAUAGACAAACUUCAUUAUUGUACUGCUCAGUUAGUUGUUAUAAAUCUAUAGAAUCCGAAUUAGCCAAUCAAGAAGAACCGAAACCUGCUAAAGCGGAUAUUGAGCAGCAGGCAGAACUAACAGGAGUGGAGAGACAGGAAAAAGAAGAGAAACAGGAGGAAGAGGAGAAACAACCGUUGCGUCCAUUACAUACUCUCAGAUGGCCGGAAGAACCAGAUGAAAAACUAUUUCAAGACGCAUUAUCACGUAAUGAUCCAAAACCAUUGAGGAGGAAUGAAAUAUUCGCUAUAGCAACAAACGAAAAAAUUCGCGAUUUAUUCAAAACAUACCCAAAUUUGAAAAAUCUUCUUAAAGAGUUAGAUAAGAUUGAAAUAGACGGUAGUCGCAACAGGGAAGUCAUCCUACGUAGAGUAUUAGGCUAUGAUGAGAACAGUCUUUCUGGUAAAUCAAUACAUGGUUUACCUGGAAAUCUCAGCAACGUCCAAGAAGAAGAUAG